AUGGAUAUCUAUGCGCUGGAUGGGGCCGGCCGAACCGGGCUCAGCCCGGCCCUGGCCAAGAUCGAUGACGAUCUGGCCGAGGUAAACUUCGACACCGGGUCCGAGUUUAAUUUGCACUUCUUCGACACACCCGAGGACUCGAACACGCAGAGCGGGUUCAGCGAUCACGAGUCCAGUGAGUCGCCGGCCCGGGACACUCCGCCCAGUCCAGUGUCCUCCUGCCGCCUCGGACUGGGGAUGGUGACGAUGAGAGCUCCGGCCGCCGGCGCCGGUGGUUUGCUGAUCUCGUCCACGAACACGGCGUCCGUGGAAAGGAUGAAAGUGUCCUCGUCCAACUACGAUGCCGCCGUCGGGCUUCAACGUUCCUGUUCCGGACUCCCCGUUGAUCACCAGUGCGCCAACGGUGCGUCGGACGCCAGCUCGACAACGACGACGGCGGUGGCCACCACGACGACGACGGCAUCGAAAACGUUCGUCGCCUGCAAGGUAUGCGGCGACAAGGCGUCCGGGUACCAUUACGGGGUGACGUCGUGCGAGGGCUGCAAGGGCUUCUUCCGGCGCAGCAUCCAGAAGCAGAUCGAGUACCGGUGUCUGCGCGACGGCAAGUGUCUGGUGAUUCGUCUCAACCGCAACCGGUGUCAGUACUGUCGCUUCAAGAAGUGUCUCUCCGUCGGGAUGAGCCGCGACUCCGUUCGGUACGGUCGGGUUCCGAAGAAGGCGCGCGAAACCGGCCCGGAGGAAACGAUGAACAUUUGUGUCAAUUCGACCACACCGACGGUCGGCCAGUUGAGCUGCAGUACGUCGGCGGUGGCGGCGGCCCAGGCGGCCCAGGCCCCGACCACGACCAGCAGCACCAGCACCAGCGGCAGCACACCAAACCCCAAUCCGAUGACCAACUGCACCGAGAUUAGCACCUCGACCGGUGGCAACACGAUCCUGCCCGAUUCACUCACCUUCACUCCGCCCGAACUGUCCGUCUACGAUAUCAUCCAGUGCAUCGCGCAGGCCCACCGGGGCCACUGUACCUACACGAGCGAGCUAGUGAAGGACCUCAGCCGGAUAUCGCUCGUCAACUACAGCGAGAAGAACAACUUUGUUCUGCAGUCGCUGGAGUCGCAUGAGGAGCAGAAGGUUUGGCUGUGGCAGCAGUACGCGAUGCGCAUGACGCCGGCCGUCCAGCGUAUCGUGGAGUUCGCGAAACGGGUGCCGGGCUUCGGGGCGCUUCUGCAGGACGAUCAGCUGAUACUGAUCAAGCUGGGCUUCUUCGAGGUGUGGCUCACGCACGUGGCCCGCUCAACCAGUGACGCGACGCUUACGUUCGACGACGGAGUCUACAUAACCCGCCAACAGCUGGAAACGAUCUACGAUCCCGAGUACAGUGACGCGCUGUUCAACUUCACCAGCGGUCUCAACGGGUGCUGCCUGAGCGACACCGAGAUUGGGCUCUACUCGGCCCUCAUCCUGCUGACCGACCGGCCCGGGCUGGUGGAGACGAAGAUGAUUCUCAAAACCCGCGAGUGCAUUGCGGAAGCACUACGAGUACAAAUCACGAGGUCGCGGGCGAACGGCAUCAGCCACGCUCUGCAAAUCAUGCCAGCGCUAGAGGCUAAGGUGCACGAGUUGCGCAUGCUGGGCGAGAAGCACUCCGGCCACCUGGAGUGGUUCCGGACGAACUGGCACACCAUCCGGUUGCCGCCCCUGUUUGCGGAAAUCUUCGACGUUCCCAAGUGCGAAGAGGAUCUGCAGUGA